UGGAUCUCAAUAAAAUAAGCCAUAAGGAAGAAUCAUUUAUAUUAGCAAGUCAAGCAAAACAAGUAUUCUAUAUUCAAGAUCCAUCAGAUUCAAGAUGGUCAAUUGUACUUGCAUCACAACCAAAAUUCAUAGGUGAUGAUGAUGAUGAUGAUUAUGAGAUUGGCGAACUUCAAACUUUUGAGAAAGAAAUUGGAGAUAUCAAUGAAUUUGAGGGAAUUGAAUCAAUAGUUGGACCAUAUGUUCGAAGAGAUUGUGAUGGAAUUUGGAUUGAUCAUGGACCAUCAUGAAGAGCAUCCCGAAGAGGAACUUGAAGACAAUGCAGACGAAGGUAUCAAUUUAGAAGAGGCUGGUAAUGAAGAUCUUACAACAAAGAAGAAGAAAAGUAGGCAGACUAAGGGGAUAGUGCGAUUGGCAAAAAUAAUUGCUGACAAGAUCAAAGGGAUUAAGAUAAAUUUAAGGUUUAACAAGAGAGGGCAAUCAAUUGGAACUCCGGAGAGAGCGUUACAAUGCUAUUUGGGGAUGCAAGCAAAGUCAAUGGUGUCAAUUACAUAUGAUAAUUGGCAUGAUGUUCCUGCUGUAACUUUAGAUAAUGUUUGGAAAGAUCUAGCUUUUCAUCUUAAUGAGGGAAUGAGAAAGGAAGUGAUGAGUUCAGUAGGCAUCAAGUGGAGGACAUUCAAAACAUUUUUGACUAGAAGAUUUGUAGCUCCUUACCUUAAUAACCAAGAUUUAUUGGAAGCAAAUCCCACUGCAUUAGAUGUGCCUCCAAAAAGAUAUAACAUUCCUGAGGAGGAAUGGAAAAACUUCGUCACCAAAAGAAAAAGUAAAGAAUUUCAAGAAUUUAGUAAAAAACAAAAAGAGAGGCGUGCUGCUUUGGAGUAUCCUCAUCGUUCAUCACGACACAGUUAUAAAGAAAUAGAAAUUGACCUUCAAACUAAACUAGGCACAGAUGAGCCAAUAGAUCGAUCUAUACUUUGGAAGGAGGCAAGGAAAGAUGCAUCAGGAAAUUAUGUAAAUGAACGUGACAAGCUUAUAGGAGAUGCCAUUGAUGACCUUCUAGAUAAGAGAAAUGAGGGGACACUUGUAGAAGUUGGGACAAACGAUAUAUUGACACAAGUGUUAGGAACAAAGGAGCAUCCUGGUAGAGUAAGAGGCCAAAGUCGUGGAGUUACACAAAGAGACUACUUUUUGAAGCCAGCAGGAGGUUUUAGUGGACUUCAACAAUAUCAAUUUCAAUUUCAGCAACACCAAUCGCAAAAAUACUUAGAUGACUUUAAAAAGUUAGAACAAUCCUUUGAGCAAAGACUACGUAGUCAAGCUGAACAAUUUGAAGUAGAACGAAAACGAGAAAGAGAAGAACGAGAACAAGAACGAGAGUUAUUUUUGACAAAGUUUACAGAAUUAGCAAACAAAAUUUCAUCAUUAAAAGGAAGUGAAGUGAGUUUGCCUACGAUAGUUUCACGAACAAGUGAGACCCCUACGCCAAUGGAGGUGGUAAAUGAGUCUUUAGUUUCAUCAAAGGAUAAUCAGAAGUCUAGAUUAUUGACAGAAAAUGGUGAUAUUGUUGCUAUUGGACAAAUAAUGGCAACAAGCGGAAAAAUUCAUUGUGUUGACUUAAGAAAGGGUAACUAUCGUGUGCAAGUGGAUGAAUGCUGCAAUGAUGAGGCUAAACUUAUUUUUCCUAUUGGAGAUGAGAUUUCUUUAGUACGUCAUGCUGUCAGCCACUAUGUUGAGUGGCCAUCUCAUCUGAUCAUUCCUUACGAUUCAGAUUUGGUAAGACAUUGA